AUGGUCAAUCGGCAAAUCACGCCUCUCCUCAGUUUCUCUGGGGAUCUGGUACAACCGGUCGGUAGCAUCAGUUUACCCAUUGCCUUCGGCAUGGCCCCCCGGAAGACCAUGACCUAUGACCAAUUCCUCAUUGUUGACUGCCCAACGGCAUACAACGUCAUCAUAGGGCGAACGGCCCUCACCAGGAUCAAAGCCCACCUAUCCACACACAUGUUGCUGAUGAAGUUCCCAACACGCAACGGUACCGGAGCCAUCCGGGGCGAUCAGCUCAGGGCACGGACGUGCUAUGCCACGGCCCUUAAGUCGGUAGCCAGCAAACCGCCAAUGGAGGCCAUGACCUUGCAGGGACUACCGAACGGUAACGAACCCAUUGACGACCCCCGGGAGGAAAACACAACGCCAAUGGCACAGCCCGCCGAGGAGCUGGAGACCAUAAUCCUGAACAAGAACUUCCCCGAUUGGUGGGUGAAGAUCGGCACCAAUCUGGAACCCGACCUCCGAAGGCAGUUCAUCGACUUCUUACGGCAACAUGCGGAAGUCUUCGCCUGGUCUUAUGACGACAUGCCCGGCAUAUCACCCGACGUCAUCAGCCACAAGCUCAGCAUCUCCCCCGCCCACAAACCAGUCAGGCAAAAGCGCCGAUCGUACGAUGCCGAACGGUAUGAGGCAAUGCGAGCCGAAGUCGACAAGCUCAAAGCCAUCGGCUUUGUCAGGGAAGCUACGUACCCUGUUUGGCUGGCCAACUCAGUCAUGGUUCGGAAAGCCAGGGGAGGAUGGCGAAUGUGUCAAGACUAUACCGACCUGAAUAAGGCUGUCCGAAAGACAGUUUCCCCCUUACCAAGGAUCGAUCAGCUCGUCGAUGCCACCGCCGGGCACGAACUGCUCAGCUUCAUGGACGCGUAUUCAGGAUACAACCAGAUCUUCAUGGACCCUGCCGAUAGAGAGCAUACGGCAUUCAUCACAGAUCGCGGUUUGUACUGUUACAACGUCAUGCCCUUCGGCCUGAAGAACGCGGGGGCAACUUACCAACGGCUCGUCAACCGGAUCUUCGCUAAAUACAUCGGCGGCAUCAUGGAGGUUUAUGUUGACGACAUGUUGGUGAAGAGCCGAACGGCAGGGGAUCACCUGGAAAACUUGGCCCUCAUGUUCGGCAUUCUAAAGGACUACCGAAUGCGGCUGAACCCGGCGAAGUGCGCCUUCGGUGUAUCUUCCGGUAAAUUCCUCGGUUUCAUGAUCAGUCAAAGGGGAAUCAAGGCCAAUCCCGAAAAAAUAAAGGCCAUAAUCGACAUGGAGACGCCGAAGACGCAGAAGGACAUUCAGAGCCUUACCGGACGUGUCGCUGCCCUGACACGCUUCAUCUCCAAGGCCACCGAUAAAUGCGUACCGUUCUUCAAAGCUUUGAAAGGGGGCAAACAUCAUAUAACAUGGACUCCCGAAUGCGACCAAGCAUUUCAAAAUUUGAAGAACUACAUGAGCCAAGCACCACUGUUAUCAAAACCACUGCCGGGCGAGGUACUACUGCUGUACCUUUCGGUAUCCAACACUGCCGUCAGCUCAGUGUUGAUAAGGAAGCCGGAGAAGGCGGAGCUACCGAUCUUUUAUGUCAGCAAGGCGCUCCAGAGCGCAGAGCUUCGGUACCCACCCUUGGAACAGCUAGCGCUGGCCCUGGUCGUCUCGGCGCGAAGGCUUCGCCCCUACUUCCAGGCUCACGAAGUCACGGUUCUGACGAACCAGCCCCUUCGGCAGGUGCUCCCAAAAGCCGGAAACAUCUGGCCGAUUGGUCAAAUGGGCAAUCGAGUUGGGGGAGUUUGA